AUGAUGGGGAUGGGCAUGAGCGGCGUUCUCGCCUUCCUGUGCUGCUACAUCUUUCGCCUGGUGGACGUCAACGAGAAACUGGAUCUCAAGUUCUGGUUUCAGCGCAUUCUCCCGAUCGGACUGCUCAUGGCCAUCACCUUGUGGACCGGCAACGAGGUUUACUUGCACCUGACCGUGGCGUUCAUUCAGGCUGGGGACAUCACCCCCUUCAGUGGAAUGCCCUGUGCUAAGACGUGUGCUGCAGUACACAUGGGCGAGGGCUUUCCGAGCUCAGCACGUACCGUUACGCACGCGCACAGGCACUCGCACAUAGGUGCCGCAACACCACUGGGUCCCCUUACCACCAUGAAACCGAAAUGGCCAUAUGUCUGCGGUGUCUCUUGCUGUCGAUACCUGCGGUACUUUGAUCCCCUGAAACCCCCGCAAUCGUCAGUGAUGCUCAAGGCGUUCAACCCCGUGAUCACGAUGGUCUGUCUAAUCGCGGCUGGGCUGGAAAGCCCUACUCGCCCCAUGGUGAUUUCGGUCCUGCUAACCGCGUUGGGUACGGCAGCAGCUGCGUACGGCGAGAUGAACAUGAACAUGUACGGUGUGGUGCUGAUGCUGACAUCGGAGACGGCCGAGUCAAUUCGGCUGGUGAUGACGCAGUUUUUGCUCGUGGGUCUCAAUUUUCAUCCCAUCGAGGGGCUUAUGUACCUGGCCUCCACGUGUUGCCUGUGGCUGAUGGUGGGCUGUGUGGUGGUGGAGUUGCCGAGGAUGCAACGGAAGGGCGCGUUGGGAAUCGUGUGGCAAUAUCCCGCAGUGUUCCUCUGCGCGGCGAUCUUGGGCUUUGGCGUCAAUGCGCUGGCGUACGUCGUGAUCAAGUACAUUAAGCAUUCCGUGCCGCGGGGCACCCGCCCAGCAUUCGAUUUCCCCACAGCCAAAUUCCUUCCCGCCAACUUUACACUCAUCCUCACCGAGCCAUUUCCGUCUUCUCUUCUGCACCCGCACUCGUCCUUCUGCUCGCUGCUUCGUUCGACACGUGUUCGAGUUGUUUCACAGCUGGCUUCAAGCCUGACGCUCAAGGUGCUGGCGACCGCGAAGAACACGUUGUUGGUAGUGUGCGGCAUGCUGCUGUUUGUUAUAGCCCCGCGCACCAUCCGCCCGUCCUUCAAUCCGCCAACCCUCCAUCGCCAAGCCCUUCUCCUUCCCGUCCUCCAUGUCCUUCACCUCCGAAAGCCAUUUUUGCCUCCUGGCAAUCACAACAAACUUCUAACUAUUUCGAUGUCCACCUCCCAAACAGGGUUACGGUUACAUCCUGUCGCUGACCGGCUUCCUCUGGUACCAGUGGUUGAAAGUGAGCCAGCUAGCAGCUCCGGAAAUCAAAAACCGAGCCGAGCCGAGUCCAUCAGGUCCUGCAACAGGAACCCUAGCAAGCGCAAGAGUCUGAGCGGCUUUCGCUGA